GUGACAGCUGUCAAAAAGAUGUUUGGACCAUUGAAUUUUCGCGAAUUUCGCAAAGAAAAUUUGGAAAAUUCACAAGAAACUGGUUGUCCUUUGUGUGAUGAUCUAUUUAAUUUGAAAAUAUGCUUUGAUAUUUUCUUAAAGCAUCUUUUUGAAGUCCACAACCUAGUUAUAGAAGAUGUACAAAACAUAUAUAACUUGGAGAAAUACUUGAAGUACUGGAAGGACAAAUUUAAGACGAAUCCCAUUGAAAAUAUAGUCCCAUCUAUAUCAGUAGAUAUUAAUAAUAAAUAUUUUCUGUUGAGCAGUUUGCUUAAAGAUGACAAGAAACUGAGACAUAGUCUGGAAUUGGAAAGGGUUUUAUCUGCACAAGAAUUUGAGCGCAAUGAUACUUCUUUCAGUAAGGAGUGCCUAUUCUGUAAGUUUUAUCAUCAUGGCUGUCGAGCUGUUUAUUUACAACAUCUGUCAGAGCAACAUAACCUGCAAUUGGGUAAUCCACAAAACCUAGUGUUUAUUGAUGAAUUGAUCACAGAGAUUGAAAACAAGUUAAAUAAUUUGCAAUGUAUAUACUGUGAAAAAAUAUUCCCAGACAGGCAUGUUCUCAAGGAACAUAUGCGCAAGAAGAUCCAUAAGAGAGUGAAUCGACAAAAUGCUUCUUACAAUAAAUUUUAUAUUGUAAACUAUUUGGAAAAUGAUCCCACAUUAAGAAUAGUGAGAGAUGAUGAUGUCACUAUUGACAAAGAUGAGAAUUUAGAUUCUGAGUACUCUGAUUGGUUGGAGAGUGAGUCUUCCAUUAAUUGCCUAUUUUGUGCAAAGUCAGAAUCACAGAUGGAUCUCUUAAUAGCUCAUAUGCAGUUGGAUCAUGGAUUUAAAUUUUUAUUAAAUUUAAAUUUUUAUCAGAGAAUCAAGCUGGUCAAUUAUAUUCGUAAGAAACUACAUGAAAAGUGUUGUCAUUUUUGUGACACAGCCUUUAAAACAAUAUCUGAAGUUUUUAAUCAUCUGGAAAAGGAAAAUCACUGUAAAAUUCCUGAUAUUCAGAAAUUUGAUCAACCAGAAUUCUACUUUCCCACAUAUGAGAAUGAUGCAUUACUAUACUUUAUUGAAGAUACUUCCACUCUCUGUGGAGGGGAAGAGACAGAAGAAGAUAUUAAGUAGCCUAUUACUUAUCAACACAAAGAAUAAUAAAAGAAUAUUAAUUUAUA